AUGGACCAGAGCAAUGACAGCUCUUUCCAAGGUUUUCUUCUUCUCGGCUUCUCUGACCAUCCCCAGUUGGAGAUGAUCCUGUCCGCAGUGGUCACCAUCUUCUACGUGAUCACCUUGGUGGGUAACACAGCCAUCAUCCUUGCGUCUCUACUGGAUUCUCAGCUCCAUACACCCAUGUACUUCUUCCUCAGGAACUUGUCGUUCUUGGAUCUGUGUUUCACCACGAGCAUCGUCCCUCAGAUGCUGGUGAACCUGUGGGGACCUGAGAAGACCAUCAGCGCUGCGGGCUGUCUAGCUCAGCUCUAUGUGUACAUGUGGCUGGGCUCCAUCGAGUGUCUUCUCCUGGCCGUCAUGUCCUAUGACCGCUUCACGGCCAUCUGUAAGCCACUGCAUUAUUCAGUCAUCAUGAACCCACACCUGUGUCUCAAGAUGGUUGUCAUGGUCUGGAGCAUCAGUUUGGCCAACUCUGUGGUAUUAUGUUCGCUCACUGUGAACUUGCCUCGAUGUGGGAACCACGUCCUGGACCACUUCUUGUGUGAGUUGCCGGCGAUGGUCAAGAUAGCUUGUGUGGACACCACAACCGUGGAGAUGUCUGUUUUUGCCUUAGGCAUUGUCAUUGUGCUCACACCCCUCCUCCUCAUCCUGAUAUCCUAUGGCUACAUUGCCAGAGCUGUGCUGAGGAUGAAGUCAAAGGCGGGACGGCGGAAAGCAACAAAUACCUGUGGGUCUCAUCUCACCGUGGUGUCCAUAUUCUAUGGAGCCAUUAUCUACUUGUACCUGCAACCUGGUCACAAUGCCUCCAAGGACCAGGGCAAGUUUCUCACUCUCUUUUACACCAUCAUCACCCCCAGUCUCAACCCCCUCAUUUACACCUUAAGGAAUAAGGACAUGAAAGAUGCAUUGAGAAAGCUGGUGAGAGUUCACCACAAGCCUGCAAAAGCAGAGAGACAUUGGAAAUCAUAG